UCGUACACCGCUGAGUAGUAAAUGGCAGCGAUCCCCAGGGGAGAGGGAGGAGAGAGGCCCGCCGAGCCUGACCAGAUUACGCCAGGAGGGCGAGCGCGAAUCCACUGCUUGUCGCUUGCGCGAAUCCGAGCUCGGGUGCGGGCUGCCGAUCCGGGCCCCUUGCGUCAGGAUGCACUUCCUGGAAGGUUGCGUUCAGCGUCGGCGCUGGUAGAUCCAUUGUGGAAACCUGGCGUAAACCAGCACCGUCCCACUGAUUUCUGUUCAAUUCCGCUCAAUCUGGCUUCAUCCCGGGCUUAUAUUCCAGCUUAUUCCAGAUCAGUUGACCUCAGUCAGGCUUAAUAGCCCCUCUUCGUUUCUACGAAGACCUCCCAGGAGCUGUUUCCACAUUCCUGCGCAACUCGGCCGCAUUAGCCAUGCCGCGCCGUGGCGCCUUCAGAGUGGUGCUGGCGGUCCUGGCCGCCAUAGGCGGGUGCAGGGCCAUCAGCGACCACUGCAGAGUCGACUCGGUGAGGGGGUGCGAGUGUGUCCUCGGCUCGGACCUGUACAAGGACACCGAGGGCUGCGACUCCAAUGCGUGCGCUGCUCCGGGCGGGGUCGACCGGUUCGUGCACCUGAUCGACGGUUGCUCCGCCAAGGUCAGGCAGGCCAAAAUGCAUUGCGAGGAGAUGCAGAACGUGGUGCGCUGCGCGAAGGAGUUGGGCUGUUUUGAUAGGAAUAUCGAGGACGUCUGCACUGGCAUGGUGAGGAGCGAUCCGACGUGUGAGCUUGAUUGUGCGGCCGCCUUCCGGGCUGCUGGCGUUGGCCUGACGGCCGUCCUCAUGGGGUUGUUCACAAUGAGCCUCCACCUUCAAGCAUGACCUUUGGCGUUGAGCUUGUUGAGGCUGCUAAUGCGGCGCGGCAGGCUUGCGCAGUGUGCUCCCUGUCAUGUGUAAGAACUCGCGUGGGAAGUUGUUACUGCACCUUCAAUCACAUGCCACGUCAUGAAUUGGCAUGGGAAGUGAAUGUGACCGGCUAGGCAGGCUGUGCAAAGUAGGGCGAAUGGCCCUCAUGGCAGUUUGGCCGGCGGUCGCUAUAGCGAUCUUUCAAAAAACAACACAUCCAGAGGGAAUCGACCUCUGGCAGCAGUUUCCGAUUGAGUGAUGUAACAGGCCCACGUCAUUUCGCCGAACCUCAGAAGAAGACAGAUGCGGCUCCCGAUCUCGUGCGUGUUGCUUGCGGCUUCCCGUCCAGAAGCCUGCGUGUAAGUCGUGGCCGA